AUGGAGAAUCGUUUCACUGGUAUUGUGGUUGGAAAGACUCACACCAGCCGAUCACGAUACUAUGUUUGGUGCAAAAACUGCUUUCCCGGAAUCGACGGAUAUCUUGAUAUCAUCCCCGGACACCCAGUCGAAAUAGGAGACUGGGUAUCAAUGAACUUCACUCCGAAAGAUGCAAGUAGAUACCUUCCCAAACAAAAAAGUCGACAAACUGGUAGAUUCACCUGUAAGAAUUAUUCGGUGAUCCGAAAUGUUUUGGAGACGAGAGUGCAUGAAAAAUUCAUUCGAAUCAGGUUGGAACAAGAGUUGAUUGAGAAUCAGGACAGUUUCGAUCAUCCUGUUUUGGGAAAGGUCUGGUGCAACACCGAAAGAUUCAAAUUCCCAACUGGUUUACAUCAAAUGACUAUCAAAAGAAAGUUUUUAAAUGAAAAAAAGAUUGAUAGCAGUGUCUGGGAAAUCUGGGAAAUUGAGCCAAAAACUGAAGUAAUCGGAGUAGUAGCUGGAAAAGACCCAUUUAAUUUCUUUGUUACGUGUAAAGAUCGUUCUCCCGGAAAGGAUGUUGUUAUCGAGAAAGUCCCGGAAAAUCUGGAUUUAACAAUUGGCACCUGGGUCAAAAUGAUUCUACGAAUUGAUGAGAUGAAUUUUAAUUUGAAGUGCUAUGCAUAUUCGGUGAUCCCGGCGGUUCUUCACACUGAAAUGAUUGGAGAUGCAGGAAAAAAGACGCUUCAACUCAAGUUAAUGUGUGAAACUGAUGAGAAUGAGGUUUCCCGUAGAAAAGAAAAGCUUGAAAAAUCCCGGAGAUACGCCAUCGCUGUUCAUCGGGAGAAACCUGAUAGUGACAAGGAAGUGGACAAGGAAGUGGACAAGGAAGUGCAAAGUGUUUGGCACUUGAGUUAUUAUGAAUUGCUCGAAGAUGAUUCCCUUCUACAGCUUCAAAAAACGGAUGGUCUUGCUACUCAUGAUCACAUGCUAUCCCUCCACCCAUUUCUCAAAAAGGCAAUCGUUGUUAAAAUUGAAAACAAUCCGCACAAGACCUUUGUAUGGCUAUUCAAUAAGCAUAAAGAAGCGCGUGUAUACUUCAAAGUAGAUAAUCUACAAUUGGGACAGGUCUUGAUUGCACCAUUCACUGAUAAGGGCCAAAAAUGGUCAUCUUGGGGACCUCAAUUCCUGAUCGCAGAUGAGUCAUACGAGACAAGAGCCAUUGAUAGUGGUGUUGCUGAUAUACUCGUCAAAGCUGAAACUCUGCGGAAUCCUGGCUCUCGCUAUGAACAUUCUUGGAUUCAUCAUAGAGACUUUGGGAAUAUUAUUGACAACAAGAAUAACCUGAAGGAAAACGGGACGAGUGAGUACCGAAUGUGGAUUCGAAGAGUCGGCAAGGAUUACAGACGUCGUUGGGUUGUCGUCGAACAGGUUCAUUGA